AUGCGCCUACUCCACACGACAUACCCGUUCAAUCUCGAAGAAUUCGCAGAUGAUAUUCCACCUUACGCGAUACUUUCCCAUAGGUGGGAAAAGAAAGAAGUCACCUUUCAAGAAAUGGUCGAUGGCAACAAACGAGAUGGGAAAAGCUAUGAGAAAAUCACGGGUUUCUGUCAAAAAGCAAAAGAAGAUGGCUUCCAGUAUGCCUGGAUCGAUACCUGUUGCAUCAACAAAGAAAGUAGUGCUGAGCUGUCCGAAGCAAUUAAUUCAAUGUUUCGUUGGUAUGAAUUAGCUGGAGUGUGCUAUGCCUAUCUCCGCGAUGUCCGUCAUGAUAGCAGUCAGUGUGAUUGUGGCGCUAGUUGGCAAAAUCCAUCGCAUGGUGGCUGCCAAGAGAGUCUACAGGCCGACCUAAGCCAGAGCGAAUGGUUCAAACGGGGCUGGACACUCCAAGAGCUUAUCGCACCAAAAAAAUUGAUCUUUCUUGCAGACGACUGGUCUGAGAUAGGGAGUAAAAAAGACCUGUGCUCUUUGGUACAUGAAACUACUGGCAUAGAUGAAGCCAUUCUACAGGGAACGUCUUGGCUCCACGCAUUCAGCAUCGCUAAGCGGAUGUCAUGGGCUUCUGGGAGGGUCACGACAAGAACCGAGGACGUGGCUUACUGUCUUAUGGGAAUUUUUGAUGUCAAUAUGCCGCUUCUAUAUGGAGAAGGUGAGAGAGCUUUUAUCAGACUACAGGAAGAGAUUAUGAAGGAUUCCGAUGAUCACACAUUAUUUGCAUGGGAAAGUCCAAAGAUUGCACCUGGUCGUCCCAGUGGCUUGCUUGCACAGUCACCGUCAGACUUUGAAAGGUCCCGCUCCAUCAUCCCUUUCCGCUUUCUAGAGGAUGUCGCCCCCAUUACAGUAACCAAUAGAGGUAUCAAACUGGAGGCACCUCUGAUAGUGAGGCAAAGUGCAAAGGAUGUUGGCACACAUACGCUGAUUCUACAGUGCCGGGACAUUAAUCAUAUUGAACCAGCUCUCUUAGGAAUAUCACUCAUCGCAACGACAGAUGGAUACAAUCAAUUCAUGAGAUCUGGUCCUCUGUUAAAGAGAAACAUUUCUUUCCUUGGCUCUUACGGGAAUAUUCCCAAGACAAUUUACGUAAUGAAACACUUGACGGCAAGAGGUGACGCAGGGAUGCGGAUGUCUGGCCAAUCACUGUCGGAGUGCAAAACCUUCGACCAAACGGAUAUCACCAGAGGGUUUGGGAGGUAUUUGUCCAAGCAACAGGGAAAGUCAAAUGGCAAGAUUAUUCUUUGCUUCGAUAGGAGAAGUGGCCUGGGUGGAGUAGAUGCCCGGAGAAACAGCAAUAUUCAAAAAAUCUUUCGCAUGCUUGGUGAUGAUGGCGAGUCGCAAGUUUCCUACUAUCAGUCCAUCGGUGGAGAAGACGAGGAUGUUGAGGCAUGCGUGAAGGCCACAUAUCAGUGGCUUGAGGGCAGGGUGAACAGCUUUAGCAAUGUUCAGCAAGAGAUAUUUAUCUUCGGAUUCUCCACUGGAGCUCAUGUAGCACAUUGGGUCGCCCGAAUGCUUGAGAAUAUCGGUAUUGUCGGUGUAAACCGUGUCUUCCUCACCCGUCAGGGAGUGCCUGAGUGGGAGCGUGCAUGGAAGGCAUAUCAAGCGUGGGAGGUAUAUCAAGCAUGGGAGCUGUACCAAGCAUGGAAUGACCGUGCAACAAAAGUCAGCAAUGCCAAGGAUAGAUGGGAAGAAAGAUUUCAAUACUUUAAGAUGAAGGACUUUGGCCAGAAGAGAUGCAAACCAGUCAGGAUCGCAUUCUUGGGUUUAUUUGAUACAGUCAUUCGAAAGCCUGAAUCAAAUCUAAAAAAGGGCAAACAUUCUGCACCACGUGUUCCUGUUUCAAACCGGGCCCAUAUAAUUCGUCAUGCGGUUUCUAUUGAUGAACAACAAGCUGCAUCCCAUCCAAGCCUUGUCGGUGAGGUUAUUACUAUUGAUCAUCAUAAUCAAGAUGUCCAAGAAGUCUGGUUCACAGGUGGUCAUGCUGAUAUUGGUGGAGUCGCCCCAAAAGCCCGUGGCGAGAGCUGGGAUCUUAGUCAUAUCCCUCUUGUCUGGAUGGCUCGUGAAGCUCAAAAGGCUGGCCUGUGUUUCAAUCAAGAUAUCUUAAGACAAGAGCUCGGGCUUCUUCGACACACUAGCAGCACAAAAGAUGCGGAAAGCGUCUUUCUCGGUAAGGGGUUGAAAAAGCUUUUAUAUUCUGCCUCCAGAAGAGCCCCGCUGCAUAGACACUUCGACGUCAACAAUGAGCCAUCGCCUCAGUCAAUGUCUGGAUAUCACCGCCCCUUUCCCAUCCGCAUGUCGCUAUCAGACAUGCUGACCUUGGGUAAUUCUCUGGAUGGCAAUCCACGAUGCAUUCCAAUAAAUGCUCAACUACACGCCUCCGUUAUUAACCGCAUGUAUCAUGAAAGAGAUUACCGACCCGAAAAUUGGAUAUCUGACGUAGAGGAAGACAGUAGGUCCCGAGUGAAACUACAUGAAACAGAGCAUAAAUGGAAAUUGAGGGGAGAUUCCACGGUUGGGGGUUAUUACGUCUAUGACAGAAAGCAUUCUAAGUAG